AUGCACAACCUCUUCCUCGGACUGGUGCAGCACCAUUUCAGAGACUUGAUCGCGAUCAAGAAACCAGAAAAACGACCUGUGGAUGUAAAGGAAAUAGACAGGGGCAGAAUCAUUUUUCAGUCAAACCCUACCAUCUCUACAAUGACCCGCUUGCGGAUGCCUGUCCUGGAAGUUCUGAUCCAAGAGGCAGGGGUGACGUUGGGGACAGAGGGUCGUACCACGAAGAAGAAGAUAAUCGAAGCGCUUAUGACCAAACACACCGAUAGUUUCCUACUGAAUAAGGAAGCUCAGAUGGAAAUAGAUGACGACACUUUCGUCACAGAAGAAUUGGUCAAGGAGUGUGCGACCGAAGCAGAAGCAAAAAACGACCAAAACAGUGUAUCUGCUGAACUCCUGACAGACAAGGAGAUAAACAGUAUUCAGGCAGAACUGAGGGGCAUCCAGCGUCCUUCAUGGCACCGCGGACCGCCAAAGAACCUGGGUGAUGCAGAGCACGGUAAGCUCAAGGCAGAGCAAUGGCGGUCAGCCAUUGAGUUUGACUUACCGGUGACGCUGUUAGCUCACAGCACUAUGCUGCUGUCGAUGGCAAUACGCUGGGGAACGUCACAUGUAACAUCAACGCACCACGCUCAGCAAUACGUGAAAUAUAUGAAGGCCUACCUAGAGUGCAUUCAAGACGCCGUUCCAGGCCAUUCUUUCCGACCUAACCACCACGCCUGUCUCCACCUUCAUGAGUUCCUCCUGAGAUACGGUCCCAUGCACGGCUGGUGGAUGUUUCCCUUUGAGAGAGUAAUCGGAGGCCUGCAGAAGACCAACAUGAACUAUAAAAUUGGGGAAUUAGAGAAGACAAUGUUAGAAACAUUCUGCGCUGCUGCAAAGGUCAAGGCAAUCAUUCAAGACCCUGGAGCGCCCAAUGUUAUUAUCAAAGCAGCUGAAAUCCUGCAGCAAUGUUGCGCGCCUUUUGCAGGUGAAGGAUUUCAUACAGACACUGGUGUCCUGCGCACAGUGACAGACUCAGAUCCAUAUGUUUCACAUGAUAACGCUAAUAUCAUCAAAACUCCUAUUUCCGAUGUCCUCCGCUACACAUGGGAGAACACGAGGACUCACAUGCACGGAAGCGAGCCCAUCACAGAGUAUAAACAACUCAACGUGGCAGGGUUGCAAUAUUGCAGUCGCAACUAUUCAACUUCGGAUAGUUGCGUGUUCUUCAAGAACACAUCGGGAAACUGUGUGCCUGGCGUCGUUGAACACAUGAUGUCUACAGGACAGGAUCACAAUCGGGUAUAUUACAUCGCAGUGCGAUGUUACUUACCUGUUAUCGCAGGCUACCAAGACCCAUUUUCAGUGUACGGCGACUUUGGCGCACAGAUAUGGAGCUGUGCCUCCAGCAACCAGCUGGAAAUCGUCCCAGUGUGCGGAAGUCGAAUGUGCCACGGUAUAUUGAUGAAUUGGGGAUCAUCUGAAUUAGUGCUAAAACCGAUGAACCGCGUAAGUUUCGACAUAAUUCACCACUGA